AUGAAGCUCGAUAUCAACACUCUAUCUCGCUCUGAAGUAAACGCAGCGUUUGAUGUUUACAAUCUUCACAAUAGAAAAAAUGCCUCAGUACGCUGUAAAUUUUGCAGAAGUAAGGCAUUUUGUGCGAAUAUUUCCCGCCAACGAUCGCAUCUCAAGCAAUGCCAUCACUUCCUUAUGAACGCUCGCAAGAUGGCCCAAAAGCCUCAAAAUAAGGAUAUUCUAGUAACCCCAGCGUCAUCUAGUCAGCAAACAAUCGAUUUCGCAGUGGCUCAUAAAGAGCAGAUCAACUCGCUGCUUGGAAUGAUGAUAUUCGCAGGUGCGAGGCCUUUCUCGAUCCUUGAAGACGAUUUUAUGAAGCGAUUUAUCAUUGCUCUUAAUCCCCAGUAUCCUAUCCCUUCACGCAGCAAGCUGACAGACUCAAUUCUGUCAACUUGUUAUAAAUCAACUCUGGAUCAACUGGUUGAUGUCCUGUCCAAAUCUUGCUAUAUCAAUAUAUCAGUUGAUGAAUCAACUGAUAUUUCAAGGCGUCGAGUUAUGAAUCUUUCAGUAACUGAUGGUUCAAAGCGCUAUUACUGGUGUUCUUGUCAACUUGACGCUAUCUCAAUGACAUCUACUACGAUAGCGGAUUGGAUUGUUGAGCAGGCUGGCAUAUUGGUUGAUGGACGAUAUGAGCGACUUAACGCCCUUACUACCGAUACGUGUUCAACAAUAAGAUCAACCUGGGCAGAUUUGCAACAACGACCUCAAUUUUCUCAUGUGUUUAUGGUACCUUGCGAUUCGCAUGGCUUGCAGCUUCUUAUAAAGGACCUUCUUACCUUACCUUCGAUCGAUGUGGUAUUCAAAAAGUGCCAGUCAAUAAUCUCGCACUUUAAUCAUUCUCCACUUCAACUAUCUAUCCUACGAGCGAUCCAGAUGGAGGAGUAUGGGGAAGAAAAGUCGCUUUUGAGUGCAAUUAUCACACGUUGGGGUUCGCAAUAUACUAUGCUGCAAAGUAUUAAAAGGUCAGAGGCUGCUCUUUCCAAAUUUGCAAGAAGGGAAGACAUUGAUCUUGGUGCUACACUGAAGGCUGUCUUAAAAGAUGAUUUAUUUUGGAUCUAUCUUGGCAGGUUGAUCCAAAUCAUAAAACCUCUUCAUGAAGCCAUAAAAAUAUCGGAAUCGGUAAAAUCAGAUAUGUCCAAGGUCUUACAACGUUGGCUUAAUAUCAAUCGACAUCUCCUUGCUUGCCAACCUUUGCAACCAUUUUCUGAGGAUAUCGAAGCAUUUUCUAGGAUAACCUUCAGGCAGCGCUUGGAAAAACAGCUUACUGAUAUGCACUACACAAUGUACUAUCUCGAUCCUAAGAACUGCCAUACAAAUCUGCAACCUCAGCUGCAGAGACGUGUUAACAAUGUUAUCUCUAAAUAUUGUUCUGAUUCAGCGUCUGCGGUCGCAGAGUUCGUUGCUUUUCGAACUAAAAGCGGAGUCUUCUUUGAGGCCCCAUGUUGGGACCAUACAGCUGACCCAAAACUCUUUUGGAGGAUGCAUCAAUCUGUCUCUGGAGUUUCCUCAGGUCUUGCCAAUCUAGCUCUUCGAUUCCUAAAUGCGACUGCAAAUUCGGUAGCUUCUGAACAGGCUUUCUCCAUACAGAAUCUACAAAUCACAAAGAUAAGGAAUCGACUCACAAUAGAGCAUGCCGAUAAGCUCAAUUUUAUCUAUGUGAAGGCUCAAACAAUAACCAUAUUGGCAGCUAGAAUCGAGAAAACUAAGCAUAGGGAAGGAAAGAAAGAAACAGGAACAUGA